CGCGCGCAUUCCUCACAUUCCUGGCCCCCCCAUUCAGCCCCCCGCGCCCGCCCCACGCGUGAACGCGGAUAGACGAUGGGCGGUGGCGGGGGCAUGGUGGGGCUGCAUGAGUCCGGCUGCCCACGCGGGGCCCCCGUGGGUACACGGCUGCAGCGGGGGUCCGUGUCUCCCCCGGCUGUGGGGGGCUCCUUCUACCCGUCCCUCUGCAGGUGUCCCCCGAUGACUGACACGUUCCCCCCCACGGGGUUGGGUUACGGAUAUAAAUACCCGCGGGCGGUGAAACCCGACCGGGAGCGGCGCGCUAGGGACCAAAACCUCACCAAAGAGCUCCAAAAAGCACCCCCGCUGCCGCCCCUCGUGAUGUCUCCGUGCCGCCAGGGGGGGCCCGGGAAGCAGCGGCCGUGCGCUGACACCGGACACCGCGGGGACAGGGACGGGGACGGGGACGGGGACGGGGACAGGAACGGGAGGGGAGGGGCCGCGCACUGCACUCGGUGCCAUCACUCGGCGACACCCACGCGUGGGCGGGGGUCCCGCGAGGAGCGCUGCGUGCCCAGCGCCUUCUCCAGCCCCGUGUUCCCCAUCAGCCCCAUCUUGCUUUUGGGUAUUUGCAGCCACAUCUCGCCUUCCCCUCGCGCUGAGCUUUGUCUUUUUCAACACUUGGAGCAGUGUCCCUGCAGGAGGGGUUCGUCCUUGCCCCCAGUUGUCCCCAUGCCCACUGCCCGCAGCACCCAUCCUGGGGCUGGAUAUCAAAACACACCAUGGGGCUGUGCCAACCAACCUGCUGCUGGUGGCCUCCAGUGGUCCAUGGCGGUCUGUGGUAGCACACAUGGGUGGCGGUGGGACUGGUGGUCUGUAGUGGACCAUGCGUUGUACACCGUGGGCACAGCACUGCCCCACAGAGCUCAUGCACUAUCUCGUUUCCCAGGUUCCCAAAAGGCAAAUGCAACCCCUGGAUCCCCAACGCUGCCGAUUGUUUAAUUGGUUAAACAUGUAUUUCCACCUCCUGGAGCACAGCGAGCAAGCGGGCUGCAGAACCUUGCCAAGUGCCUUCACCUCUGCACUGAGAGUAAGGCCAGGAAGCUGUCAGCCCCAGGAGGUGGCUGUAAAGUGCAUCAGGAGCAGGUUGGGACCACCGAGCUGGAUGGAGGAGCUGAGCAGGACAUCACCGUACUGGGGAUGUGUAGCACUGGGGCACAGGAGUCUGGAGCUGAGGCACAGCAAGGAUGGAAGAGGCACAUCCAUGGGUCCCCAUCUCCCUCCACACAGCUGCUCCAAAGGCCGCCCCAUCCCUGCUAUGAGGGGAGCAUCUCCAAAAGGUUGGGGCAGCUCUGGCCAAAAGGUCACGGGCCACCAUGUGAGCACCACAUGGGGAUGGGCAUGCCCAUGGUGACCUCUGCACUAUGGGCUUUGUGUGCUGCAGUUGUCAGGGUAACCUGAAGGACUCCUUGUUUGUGUUUGGGUUCUGCAUGCCAGCAAUGGGGAAAAAAUUGAGCAGAAGUGAAGACUGUAGACAGAAAAACAUGGGUAAUGUGGCAGCUGUGCUGUUCCUCAGGUCCAGAUCGGGCUCGGGGUAGGGGUCUGUGUGUGCUGCAAGGGCAGGAAUUUGAUGUCCCCAUGGGAAGAGACACCAGCAUCUCCCCAUGCCUCAGAGUGAAGGAGGGUCCCCACCUCUGUCUAUAGAGUUCUGUGCGGGUCUCUUCUGUGGCUCUUCCUGAAGGGCGUCCCCAAGGAACACUCUUCCCUGGGGCGCUGCCAUGGUCCCAGCUCUCAACCCAUGAUGUUCUGAGGCACUGUGGUCUGCAGGGGGUGAUUAUGCUGGAGCUGGGCUGUGUGGAGCAGGGAGCUGUGAUCCUGAUGCUGGAGAAAAGUCAACAAAGAUCAGCAGGAUCCACUGAGGAUGUAAACCUCCAGUGUCUGCUGCGGGUGUUGCUGGCUCUGCAGCACAUUGAAGUGUUGGUGUCACCAGCCCCAGUGGUGUCACCAGCCUCAUUAAUGCCACCAGCACCAGUGGUGCCACAAGACCCAGUGGUUUCACCAACCUCAUAGACGCCACCAGUCUAAGGUGCCACCUGCCUCACUGGUGCCAUCAGUCUCAUUGCUGUUACCUGUCAUGGUGGUGCCACCAGCUCUGGUGAUGCUCCUAGCCGUAUUGAUGCCACCAGCACUGUUGGUGCCACCAGUUAUGACGGUGCCACCAGCCUCUUUGGUGCCAUCCAGCCUUGUUGGUGCUAUUAGCCUCUGGGGUGCCACCAGCCUCUUUGAAGCCACUGGCCUCAUUGGUGCCACAGCUCCAGUGGUGCCACUGUGGUGCAUGCAUCCCUGCACCACUUACUCUGCCACAGGCACCCACCCUUGCUUGGCCCUUGGCCUGGCAGGCUCGUGGCACUUUCUUGGAUAGCGCAGCUCCUGCACAGCCCAGGACCGAUCUCCCAGGGUUAUUUCUGAAUCACAGGACAGGAAGCUUUUAGAGGUUUAAGCCGAGAUGAAUAAUGUGCUCAUUUCCUUGUGCCGACUACAAAGCACCUGCUCCAGGGGAUUUAUGGAGUGCCACUCUCUCGCACUCGCGGCACUGCUGCCCACCCGGAUGUUUUUAUUUUCACGGAAUGGCUGGUGGGUGCCAAGGCCUGUUUUCCCAAACACCCCGCGCCUUCCCAUCAUGCUUCUUACAAAAAGUGGCUGAGGGCAGUGGUGGGGCACACUCGGGUACCCCCUGGUGCCAGAAUGUGGCCCCAGGCAGGGUAGGGUGCACGGUACCUCUGGAUGCCAGCAGCCGUGGGGUGGGAGCAUGCAGGAGGAGAUGUGUCCGGGGUGCAAUGCUGGGUGGGGUGGCACAGGUACAGAAGGGCUGUAGAGGGAAGAGCAGCUCCUCUCUGCGGGCAGCUGUGGCAAAGGAGGAUAAGGGGUGCAUGCAGCCAGCCUGACUUGGAGCAGGUGGCAUGGAGCAGCCACCGCUGGGAUAAACAGACUAGAGAUAGCGUGGGAGAGAGGGCUGGAGCAUGCUGGAGAGGUGUGGGCCACAAUGGAGAGGGAUGGAGCAUGAGGACAAGGAAUGGUGUAUGAUGGAGGUGAUGGACCUUGUGGGAGAGGACUGGGGUAUGUGGAAGAGGCAUGGAGCAUAUUGGAAAGGAAUGGGCCAUGAGAGCAAGCAGCUGAGCAUGAUGGAGAGGGGUGGACCACAAUGUUGAAAAAGGAUGGACCACAAUGGAGAAGGAUGGAGAAUGAGAGCAAGAAUGGAACAUGAGGACAAGGAUGGACCACAACAGAGAAAGAUGGACCAUGACAAAGGUGCAUGCAGCAUGAGGGUGAGCAAGAGGGUGUGAGACCGUGAAAGAGGUCCAGAGGGUGGUGGAGCACUGGGAAGCAUCAGGGAGCAUCAGAGUCUGUCUGGGAGCAUGCUGCGAGUCUCAGGGUGCAGUGCGAGGUGUCCCAGAGAGCAGAGCCCAGCCUGAACCCCAGCCCUAGGCAGGCACUCCCUCCUGCAGCCUAUGAAUAAUGUGACAUUGAGGUUUUGAUCAUGCCCCUUCUGCUUUGUCCUCUUUCUGGAGCAGCAGCCACAGUUGCUUCAGUCCUGCAGGAACCAGGCUGACACUGACCCAGCUCGGCCCAGUGAUAAGUUGGGUCAGGCUUUUUUUUGCUGUUUAGAGAGAAAAUAAAGUGCUUGUGGGGAGCAGGAGCCAAGCUCCCCAGUGCCUAAAACAGCAAUCGCAGCACUUCCUUGGAUUUAUGGUGUUUGCUUUCACAAUGCCAGCCGGGAUCCUGUUUGCUUCCUGCUCUGCAGCUGCAGCCUGAGCUGAAGGCUCAGGAGAUUCAGGUUUUAUAACACUCCUGGAUCCUGCCGAUGGCAACUUGUCCAUCAUCUUUUAUGACCCACGCACCUCCUGUGGGGCUGGGCUGGGCUGCUGCCAUCCCGUCCCAUUGCCCACCUCCGGCUGCCCCUGGCAAUGAGGUCCCCUUCCCAGCGCUGUGCGCUGUGCGCAGGGGCUGAGCUGCACCAACAUGGGCAGGAUGCUGAGACACAGAUGUCACCUCCUCCUGCAGGGUCUUGGGAUGCUCGGGGCUGGUGGCAAGCACCAGAACUGGCCGCCCCAUGUCACCUCAGGGACAGAGCAGAGUAGCACCAGACCGCAGCAUCCCAGUACCCAAGCUGCAGCUCCGUCCAUCCCCAUCCACUGCCUUCCGAGCCUGGAGCCCCGGCGGUAGGAGCUGGGCCACCCCACAGCUACCCCCUCCCCAGAUUUUUGGCGUCCCUCUGGGAGCCAACCAUCGGGGCCUCCAAAUGAAAAGCAUGACUUUUGUUUAACAUAUUCUCUGCUCGGUGGUGAAACGAAGAUGGAUUAGUUCAUUGUGGUUGCUAGCGUGCUAGACUCCUUUUUCCAAACACACAAUAGAAAUAUUCGUUUACCGCCCCAACGACAGAGACUUUUAUCCUCCUUAUAUAGUAACAACUCUGCUCCAGAGGGCGAUUUUCAUUUGUUACUGAUACACUCCUGCCCACAGCCUGUGGGCUGUAGUUUAUCCAUGGGUACCCUAAGCUCCUCUGAUUUAUUACCACCUCUUCCAGCCGAUUGCACGUGCUGCCCUCUGCUUCCCUUUUUUUUUCCCCUUGAUUUGGGAUUUCUUUUCAGAAACAGACUCUCUUCCCCACCCGUUUGGCCAAGGCAGUGGGGUGGCAGCUGGGGGCCGGGGGAUGCAAGAUGGUGUGGGGACCUGGGUCCGCAGAGGGAUGUGCCUCGAAACCCAAAGGUGGCGAAUCCAAAGCGGAUAAGAGGAAGGGUGUUUUUUUUUUGUUUUUUUUUUUUUCUCCCUGCUUAAUUAGGCUGCCACAGGAAAGCACUCAGGCCAAAAUUUAGUGGGAUUCAAGGAGGGAUUGGACAUCUACGCGGAUAACAGAAAUAUCCAGCUAUAACAGCGGAUGCCAACACAAAUUCUGGAAGGGAUAUUAAGCCUCACGCGUCAGGGUGUAAACCUAUCCCAAACAAGGCAGCUUAACAUUGGGCAGAUGACCCACGAAGGCUGCUGCUACUGCAGCCGCCAGCGGGCAGGACCAUGGCCCUGCUCCCUGCUGCAGCAGCACCCUCUGCAGAGGGCAACAAACCUCUCUGGGCAGUCACCAUCCAAAGUGCCCUGCUAUUGCCCACAUCUCCCAUCCUCUCUCCUUGGCUGCUGAGAACCACCUGAGUACUACAACCUGGAGACAGUCAGUGGAGGCAAGGGACUGUGGCAGCCCUCUUGUGCAUGCUCCCAGCCAAGCCCUUUCUUCCCCUCUCAGGUCACCUGUUGGCCAAAUCCGCCCGAUUUCAUCCCUCUUGUCACAUCCCUCCUUUGCAGUUGCCCACCUUCUGGGAGGAACUGCUCAGCUCUGGCACCCAGAUGCUGCAGGUGGUAUGGCCCCAUGCUCACCUUGGCACCACCAAGCUGAGCCUUGGGGCCAUCAUGGACAUACAGAGCCCUAUGUCACUGGGAAUCACUGCACUACCUGACCUUGGCCAAGGAGACCAGCCCUCAUCCUCAGCCCUCUCUAGGGGCUUGGAGAUGGGGGAAUUCACCCCACAAGCUGGGUGUGAGCACCUCCACACCCACCAGGGACAGCACUGGUUGCCGAUGUGGUGCCUGUCCCACUCCACACACUGGGAUGCUCGGACACCUUGCUAUGAUGCAGCAUGACAGGGGGUGCCUGGAGUUCUACCCCUGCUUGGGAGCCAGGGGUGCCCAGCACCAUGCCAAGGGCAACCCCACCAGGGUCCCUUGGAUCUCCCCUUGCCGCUGAGCCCAGCACCCACAGGGGCUUCCAACUGGAGACAUUUCUGGAGGGCAUGAAUCAGCUUUUCACAGCUUGUUAAAAAUCUUGAUCCUACCUCUUGUUUUCAUGCCUUUCAAAUCAGGAAAUGAGUUUUACAACUUUUCCAGUGGGGCACAGCUGGUGGCCAGGGUCGUAAAGCUGAACUUUAUAAAUAUCUCUUGUUGGGAUCAGGGGAAGAGCAUUAAAAAGGCAGAGAGAGAGAGAAAGAGAGAGAAAGAGAGGGAAGGGAAAGAAGCAAAGACAGAAGAAAAGCAACUCGGCAGGACUGUUAAGAGCCCAGCUCAACGAUGGCCAUGACCAUGAGAGUGCAGAAGACAGCGUGCACCUGGGGCAGGCUCUGCCUCCUUCUCUCCCUCUUCCUUCAGCUGCCAGGCUCCCAGGCCAAAUGCUACUUCCAGGCUAAAGCUCCCUGCGAGUAUGAGGGGAAGCAGUUCUCCCUUGGUGAGUCGUGGCUGAGCACUAACUGCCUGCUGUGCACCUGCCUGCACCCCAUUGGCGUGGGAUGCUGCGAGACCACCCAGCACCCCAUCGACUUCCCUGACUGGUGUGAGGCCCACUACGACACGCAGACCUGCCAGAUCUCAGUGGUGCAGAAGGCCAACCCCAGCCUGCCGUGUGUGAAGAGCAUGGAGCACGAGUGGGGCUCAGCCGGCACCUCCGAGCCACUGAACAACAAGGUGCUGGAUGCAGGGCUUAGCAGAUAAAGAGUGCACAGCCUCGCUGUCAGCCCCGCUCCUCCAGAGCACAACUCCUGCAUGCUCCAGACCUGCCCCAUCCCGUAGACAUCACUGCAGCCACCUUCCAGGGAAACCACUAUCCAUGCACUAUUUUACUCAGCUAACAUUUACACCCUAGCGCUGCCACAGUACAGCUUUGCUUCUGCCUUCAGCUUCUUGAACUCAGCUGGGGCCCCUUCCCCACAUGACAUCGUUCUCAAGAUGAGUGGUGGGCCAGGGCACACAAACCCCCAGCGGGAUCAGCGGGCCCUGAGAUGCGACUUUUUUGGGAAUGCGGAUCCCAAGGCAUGUCCAUCCAGGUGCACAGGGAACUUCCAGCUCCUAAAGGGCCCCAGGACCAAAUUACACCACAUCCAGCUGCAAGCUAAGCAGCUCCCACCAAGAACCCAGUUCCUUUGCCCUGCAGCCACUGGGAGCUCCGUGGGAAGCAGUGGCACUGAAGCAUGACAUGUGCUCUGGCCAGUCCGUUCUCUGCCCCUAAGCACAUGAAGCGUAACCUGCUUCUUGAACCACUAAUGUCCAUUCUCCUGGAACCAGAGCUCUCUGUGCCAGCCCUUGGCAACACUACAACAGAGCCAGCCCUGGGUAGGCAGCAGAACACUGGGCAUGUGGGGAAAACUGCUGUUCCCAGGAGGAGCCUAGCCCCCUGUGCAGGCUGCCCCAUCUCAGCUGCAGGAAGCUGGGUGCCCCGCUGGUGUUCAGGGAGCUGAAGCAACCUGUCUGUGCCAGCACGGAGCUGGCUGCCCUGACAGCCUGCCCCAGCUGGUGCCGUGCCUGUGCUGUGCAGAGCCUUGUGUAGAUGUUUCUGUUCUUUCAA